AUGGCCUCCACUCUCUCUGUGCGCAGCUACUCGGUACGCCAGCCCUCCUUCUCCACCAUGUCAGUGAGGGACAGUGGACGCAGCAUCCGCUCCAAACCUCCUGUCGCCUCCAUGUCCUCUGUCAGCAACCUGCCCCUGUCCCGCUCCCUGUCAGUGGGCAACGGCCUUAACAUGGUGGGUUCCAGCCUAUCCUUCAACGGCCUCACAAUGGGCGCCAGCGAGAAGGAGACGAUGCAGUGCCUGAAUGACCGGCUGGCCAACUACCUGGACAAGGUGCGCACGUUGGAGAGGUCCAACACUGAGCUGGAGGUGAAGAUCAAGCAGCUUAUGCUGGAGAGGGCUCCGAAAGGACAUGACAUCGAGGCCAUGAUGGCUCAGGCACACGCCAUUGGACAGGAGGUGAGAAAGAAGACGCUGGAGAACGCCCGCAUCAUGCUGGAGAUUGAUAAUGCCAAGCUGGCGGCUGAUGACUUCAGGGUCAAAUGGGAGGCAGAGGCCACCUUGUGCCAGUCGGUAGAGAGAGACUGCCAGGCUCUGAGGAGGGCAAAGUCUGACCACGACCAGAUCAUCGCCACUCUCCGUGGAGACCUGGACAGCCUAAAGGAAGAGCUCUACUUCCUGAAGAAGAAUCACGAUGAGGAGAUGAUCUCUUUUAAGGGGCGUCUGGCCAACGAGCAGGUGAACGUGGAGGUGGAUGCAGCUCAGGGUCCUGAUCUGGGGGCCAUCAUGGCUGAGCUGAGGGUCCAGUAUGAAGGCAUCACUCGUAAGAACAAGGAAGAGGCCGAGGCCUGGUACCUGAGGAAGCUGGAGUCGGUGCAGUCGGAGGUGAAGGAGAGCAACGAGGCGCUGCGUUGUGCCCAAAGUGAGCUCUGCGAGAGACGACGUUUCCUGCAGGCUCUGGAGGUUGAGCUCGACAGUCUUCGCAAGCAGGUGGGUGUGUUGGAGGGAAAUCUGGGGGAAACUGGACAUAAGUACUCUGUGGAGAUGGACCGCCUUCAGACCUCGCUGACCCAGCUGGAGGACGAGCUGUCUCAGCUGCGUUUGGACAUGCAACGCAACAAGACUGACUAUGAACAGCUGCUGCGCAUCAAGCAGAACCUGGAGAUGGAGAUCGCCACCUACAGGAGGCUGCUGGAAGGAGAGGAAAUGGUGAAAGAAACACCUCCACCUCCUAAAAAAGACCCUGAUGUGCGUACCAGGAAGAUUGUAAAAGUCGUCACCCAGACGAUGGUUAACGGCAAGGUGGUGGAUGAGUCCAGCGAGGUGGAGCAGAUUGAGGAACGUAAAAAGUGA